AUCGCGGGCGAGAGGCCGGCGGGGAGUGGGCGCCGGCCGGGCGCUGCGAGGCCGGGAGUCCCUGCGCACACAGCCCCGCGCGCUCCUUUCCCCGCGCCCGAGCGCACGUGCGCGGCCUGGCGGGACGUCCCGCCCGCCCCGUCCCGUCCCGGGCGCGGAGGCUUCUGCAAAGAUGAUCCCUUGGUGCGUGCUGCUCUUCCUCCUCGCAGUGGCGCGAGCCGCGGACGAGCAGAGCCCGGAGGCGGCCCUGGUGGGGCCCAACGCCUCGCACUUCUUCUCCUGGAACAACUAUACCUUCUCCGACUGGCAGAACUUCGUGGGCCGGAGGCGCUACGGAGCCGAGUCCCAGAACCCCACGGUGAAAGCCCUGCUCAUCACGGCUUACUCCUUCAUCAUCAUCUUCUCUCUCUUUGGCAACGUCCUGGUCUGUCAUGUCAUCUUCAAGAACCAGCGGAUGCACUCGGCCACCAGCCUCUUCAUCGUCAACCUGGCCGUCGCCGACAUAAUGAUCACGCUCCUCAACACCCCCUUCACUUUGGUCCGCUUUGUGAACAGCACGUGGGUGUUCGGGAAAGGCAUGUGCCAUGUCAGCCGCUUCGCCCAGUACUGUUCCCUGCACGUCUCAGCCCUGACGCUGACAGCCAUCGCCGUGGACCGCCACCAGGUCAUCAUGCAUCCGUUAAAACCCCGGAUCUCAAUCACAAAAGGUGUCAUCUACAUCGCAAUCAUCUGGACCAUGGCGACCUUCUUUUCACUUCCACACGCUAUCUGCCAGAAAUUAUUUACCUUCAAGUACAGUGAGGACACUGUCCGCUCCCUGUGCCUGCCAGACUUCCCUGAGCCAGCUGAUCUCUUCUGGAAGUACCUGGACUUGGCCACGUUCAUCCUGCUUUACAUUCUCCCCCUCCUCCUCAUCUCCGUGGCCUACGCCCGUGUGGCCAAGAAGCUGUGGUUGUGCAACACCAUUGGGGAUGUGACCACGGAGCAGUACCUGGCCCUGCGACGCAAGAAGAAGAAAACCAUCAAGAUGCUGAUGCUGGUGGUGGUCCUGUUUGCCCUCUGCUGGUUCCCCCUCAACUGCUACGUCCUCCUCCUGUCCAGCAAGGUCAUCCACACCAGUAAUGCCCUCUACUUUGCCUUCCACUGGAUCGCCAUGAGCAGCACCUGUUACAACCCCUUCAUCUACUGCUGGCUCAACGAGAACUUCAGGGUCGCGCUGAAGGCAUUACUGCGCGUGUGCCAGAGGUCGCCCAAGCCUCGGGAGGAGCGGCCACCCUCCCUAGUCCCCUCCUUCAGGGUGGCCUGGACAGAGAAAAGCAGCGGCCGCAGCGCUCCACUAGCCAACAGCCUCCUGCCGUCCUCCCAGCUGCAGUCUGGGAAGACAGACCUGUUGUCCGUGGAGCCUGUCGUGGCAGUGACCUAGAGGAGGAGAGCAGGAAGGGGCGGGGGGCAGGGCUCUGUCUCCAGAUGAGGCUGGGAAAGGGCCUGAGGGAGGACAAAGCCUGGAAAACAGCCUGUCCUCACACCCCUUCACAUGCUGGAAGCAGUUCCUGAAGAAGCCCAAGGACGUUUGAGUGCCUAGGCAACGCUGCCCAGGCUCCUCGACCCGAUAGAUGGGAAAAUGAAAAGACAGCACCCAGCUUGACACGUGUUUGUGAACUCCUGUCUGAGACAUGCUGGUACCCUGAGCCAGGGGACCCAGGACGGCUUCAGCCCCCAUGGGGGCUGAGUCGGUCAACUGCCUACACCUGUCAGGCAGCUGCCUUACAGCCCUCCCACCACUGAGCACCCACGAAGGACCCUGGAGUCAGACGUGCGGAGUGGCUGACCCAGAUGCACAGCUGUGCUUGAGAGAGGCCCGUCAGCCAGUGAAAGGUCAGUGAACCAGAGCCGGCGUGGAGGUGUGUAUGCCUCGCUUUCUGAAGUCGCUGGAGCUGGCUGAGUCCCGGUUCUGUGGCGGCCCAACACGUGACAAGAAAAUACCGUGACUGGGUUCCUUAAUAUAAAGAGGAAUUACUGAGUUUCCUUAAAACAAAGAAACACUAUUAUGGAAACUUUGGAACAUUCAGAGAAGCACGAAGAAGAAAAUAAAAAUCACCCCCUUCUCCCUCCAACUUCUGAUAAGUUCUGUCAAAAUACUGUGGCUUUCUUUGCAGCUUCUUUUCGUGUGUGUGUGUGUGUGUGUGUGUGUGUGUGUGUGUGUCUAUGAUUUUCAUUUCAUGCUGAAUUACACUUCUCCAUUUAGAAGUAAGCAAGAAACUGGGCAUAGCCGAGAACUCCUGAACCCCUCUCCCGGGAAUAGUGUCCACCAGAAGAUUUCGAAGAUGAGGUGUGAGAAGAGCCCAAGGGGAACACCGUCCCAGAGCGGACAGACUGCCUUCAUCCCGCAGCCAGUGGUGGCAAGGGCCCGGCUGAAGGACCUCUCCUCGGAGGGUGGCCAUUGUGAUGAACCGGGAAUAAAACUCAUCCAGGAGGCAUAAUUCCUCCUCUCCUGCAAGCACACAGAACAAGAGGUGGUGAAAUACUGCCCUGCUUUUGCAGGAGAUGAGGGAGAAGGCUUUCCAACAUGCUGGAAAUACCCGUGCUUAGACACCUCAUCCUCCCAAGCUGUCUGGUCAGGCCACUUCUCCUCCAUGUCAUCUGAAUAAUAAGGCUUCUUCACGCCAGUUCUCAUAAGACGACUCACUGUCAACAUCACUCUCUCACGUGUCACUUAUCAAACCCUAUGGCAUCGUGAUGGUCCUUACUGACUCAACUUGCCAGAGAAAUCUCAUUCCAGAGACAAUGAGUGUUUUCAUCACCUUCCAUCUGGCCCUGAGUGACUCACUGUGUCAUCCAGCAGAGAGACGCAUCAGGCAGGAGAGAGCUUCCUUCACCAGCCCUAAACAACUGCCGCUCUCACACUGGUUUGAGGUUUCUUUCUAGCACCAGAGAGAUCCUGAAAGCAAAGCAUGGUCAUGGAGCUAAGAGGGAAACUGAGGCUCAGGGAGAAGGGGUUUGUCUAAGGUUCACUUAGAUCUCUUAGCUGUUAAUUGAACCUGAACUUGGUCAUAUCAUCUGCUUCUCUGGAAGGAACCAUGGGGGUUCAUUAUCCUAUUCUCUCUAUUUACGAGGAUGUUUGAAAAUUUUCAAGACGUAAAGUUUAAAAAAUAAUCUUCUGAACAGUGGAUAGAAAAGUGACUUUCAUGGGACACAGAGAGCCUUUUAAGCCCAUAGGGAUCCCCAGGUGGAUUUUUUUUCAGACCAAGUGGCUCCCAGGCCUGUGUGUAUUGUCUCUUAAUGCUGCCAUGGAAAUUCUUACCAGAAAGAGAACAGGCGACAGGGUUACAGAAAAUUUGUCCUGCUCUGAAAUCACGGGGAAGGCUUCACUUUGUUCCUUCCUCUCUGAGGGCAUCUAGAAAUUCUGCCAAGUCCCAGAGAAGGCUCUUCUCUGGUGGAAGACCCUCCCCACUGAUGGCUCAUUAAGUCUGGGUCUCCUGUCAGCUCCCUGUCUCCCCCCACCCCACGUUCCCUGUGUGCCUCAGAGCAGAAGUGAUUCGUGUUUGUGAAUGUGACGUGUGUAAAACUGGAAUCUUUCCACUGUGCUGUCAUGAGGACUUGACUGUAAAUUGCUCCCGUCUCAAUAAAAUACAUAGUGGGUGUGUGGCCUGUGCUUCCCGGAUUUGUGAUGAGGCCACAGCUGCUGACCUUUCAAAUGGGGAUCCACGAGGAUUAGAUGAAGAGAGCGUGGAGAGCCUCGGCCCUCACCUCUACAUUUCACAGCUGCACAAAAGCCCAAACACUGAGCGGGUUGAAAACCUCUGGUUAGUGCCUUCUUCCACAGAGCUGGCUGCCGAGGCCCUUCUUUUGUGAAAUCUGUGAAAUGAAUCUGUGCUGAGUGAUUUAAGCCGGGACUCCAGCUGUUCCUUGGUGAUUCAGGAGGAGGCGAAGCUGCCGCUCCC